AUGGCGGACCAGACGGAACGUUCAUUCCAAAAGCAACCAACAGUGUUUUUAAACCGUAAAAAGGGAAUUGGUGUGAAACGUAGCAGAAAACCACUGAGGUACCACAAAGACGUGGGUCUCGGUUUUAAAACUCCUCGAGAGGCAAUUGAAGGUACCUACAUUGACAAGAAGUGCCCCUUCACUGGCAAUGUCUCAAUCCGUGGUCGUAUCCUGACUGGAGUAGUCCAAAAAAUGAAGAUGCAACGCACUAUUGUCAUCAGACGCGACUACCUACACUACCUGCCUAAAUAUAACAGAUUUGAGAAGAGACACAGAAAUAUGUCUGUACAUUUGUCACCUUGCUUCAGAGACGUUGAACUAGGGGAUAUCGUCACUAUCGGCGAAUGCCGGCCACUAUCCAAGACGGUGCGAUUCAAUGUAUUGAAGGUUUCCAAAGGAAAGGGAUCUAAGAAGUCAUUCAGAAAGUUCUAA